AUUCAAUUGCAGCGAAAAAUUUUUAUCAGUGCACAAUCUGACAGCUUGAGAAUUGAGCGAGCAGCAGAAAAAAAGUUCAUCAAUUUAUUUCUCUUGUUCGUUGUUCAUUUUUGUGUGUUGGAAAAGGUGGCAAAAGUACCGCAAAAAUCACACGAAUCCCACAUUGAAUCUUCACAUUAGCAGCACACACACACGGUCUUUACGUGAAUUUACCUUGCGAGUACUUUUCGUGGAAUAUAAUUUUUGUUCACUCCAAUUCGUGCUCUCCCACAAAACACAAAGAAAAGAAGAAGUUCGCCUUUGAACAAUAGUGCAUUAAAAAACGAAAGAAAAGUCCGAGCCACUCAUCAAAUUGGGAGUGAAAACUUAAUUGCUUUCCUCGAUAUCUUUCACGAGAGCUGUACAAUGACUGCCGCAGUUUUUUAGCAUCUAGAAAAGUUCUGUUAACGUGUAAAGUGUUUGGGAUUUUUGGUGCCGUACCGCAUGGCAGCCCUCCUAGUAUCACGUGCUUCUAAACCUGGUGAUCGGAUUUCACCAAUUCUCCGUCUACCUGUGAGGAGAAAACCGAAAGAUUCAAGUUCAAAGGUUUUCCGCAUGCUCGCCCCACAUUUAGAUCCAUUUAGGCGUCAAUUUCGCCGUGAUUUAACGGAAUGGAUGUCAAUAGACCACAUCAAGACAAUAGCAGCAAUCAAUCAGUUAGUUACUCUACUAAUCCUGGUGUUAGCAAAUCAAACGGCAGCGGAAAAUACGUGCAGCGAACGCCUUUCAGCCAAAGUGGGAGGAAUGGUCUCGGUUCGCCGGGAAGUGGAAAAGUCCAAAGUGGUGGAGAUGAGCAGCAGUAUAGGGGAAAUGGUGGAGCAGAAGGUGGUACCCUUGCAACAGGAGGCGGUGAAAAUGUAAGGAAAUUGGCGUCAAGCAAUAGUGUGGGAAGUGGUGCCAUUGAUGAUCCAGAAACUAGAGAUCCUCUCUCAAGUGAGGAGAGUGAAAUUGCAACGGGGAUCAGUGAAUGUGGUACAGUGCGCUUAGAUGAUGGUGUGAGUGUUUUCAGUGAUGGUAAUUGCCAUGGGAGCAAGAGUGAUGGAAGUCAGGAGACAACCAUUGAUGUUAGUGAUGAGAAAUGUGAAGAAAUUAAGCCAUUACUCAUUUUUGAGCAUCACACCGAGAAGUAUCCGCGAAAGCCGCCCAAGAGUAUUGUUAAAUCACCGUCAACACAGAGUUUCAAAGCAGAGUCAUUCUACAAAAAGUAUCACGAUAAGCCACGAUUGAGUUUACAAUGUGGAGCCGGGGAUCCGGAACGUCCUGUUUUACAUGUUCAAUUUUUGCAGGAGAAGGGCAAAGGAGAAUCAAAUGCAAAGGAUGCACCUCAGGGUGGUGCGGAGGAGAGAAAGGGUGCCUGCAGCAGUCCCGUUGGGAGUAUAACAUCACGUACAUCGGGUUCGAGUAGUAGCAGUUCAUCGGAUGAGGAGAACAGCUCACUGGGUCACUAUGCCGAAGCGAGAGCACCCGAUGGUGGAUGGGGGUGGGUGGUUGUUGCAGCGGCAUUCAUGGUGAAUCUCAUUGCCGAUGGUAUCACCUUCAGUUUUGGCGUUAUUUUUGUGGAAUUCCUAAAUUAUUUUCGCGAAGGAAAGGCCAAAACGGCAUGGAUUGGAUCUCUUUUCAUGGCAAUGCCCCUCCUAUCGGGACCAAUUGCCUCCUUUCUCACCGAUCGCUAUGGAUGCCGGUGUGUCACUGUAGUCGGCUCUAUCCUUGCCGCCACGGGAUUUAUGAUAUCGGCAUUUUCCACCUCAAUGGAGAUGCUUUUUUUUACAUUUGGAAUCCUGGCUGGCUUCGGAUUGAGUUUGUGCUACGUGGCCGCGGUGGUCAUAGUUGCAUACUACUUCGACAAAAGGAGAUCCUUUGCCACGGGACUAUCGGUGUGUGGCAGCGGAAUUGGGACAUUCAUCUUCGCACCACUCACGCAGGUCCUCCUGGAGGAGUAUGGAUGGCGAGGAACGACCCUUAUUCUCGCUGGUGUAUUCCUCAAUAUGACUGUUUGUGGGAUGUUGAUGCGAGAUCUCGAGUGGACGACCCACCGUGCGAAGAAAUCACGUGAAAAGGAGAAACUUCGCAAGAGCAAGAUGGGCAUAUCGGCGGAUUCCAUGAGCAAUAGUACCAAUACGGGUGGAACUGCGAGUAAUCAUCAGCAUGGAUCGGGAUCGGGAAAUCAUGAUGCUGACGAUGAGUUUUGCAAUGACCACUUGAGGGCUGAUGCAAAGAGUUUUGAAGCUGAUGAUUGCCGACAAUUUAGUUCUCUCAUUGCACUGCCGACCUUUGUGAGGACAGGCGAAAAGGUACCGCCGGAGGUGUUGGAGCUCCUAUCGACACACAAAAAUGCCCUACUGUUGCACAACUAUCAGGGGAUGGUGCAUUCGCGGAGUUUCAGUGAAGCUCUCUCGACUGCAAUGUCCCCCGAAGGAGCGCUCAGUCCGUCGAAUCUCGAUCGUAGCCCCAACACAACCAUACCACGGGGACAAUCGCGUAAACACCGUCUGCAGGGCAAUGAGCAAGAACUAUUGGCCAUCCUCAAGAGAGACAAUCACCAAAAUCGCGAUAAACCAACAAUGGCAUAUUUUAAGGAUCUCCGUAUGCACAGGCACUCACUCACCUACCGUGGGGCCAUGCUCAAUAUAAAUAGGUAUCGCCUGAGGGCCUCCUCAUGCCCGGACAUCUAUAGAAAUUCAAUGACGACAAUCGCAAAGGAGAAGACACAGUGGUACCAUGGGAUAAGUGAAUUUAAGAAUCUUUUUGUGGACAUCCUGGAUUUUUCCCACUUUACUGAUAUACGAUUCUUACUGUUUGCCAUAUCAAAUUUUCUACUGUACACAUGGUACGAUGUACCGUAUGUGUAUCUGGCAGACAAUGCCAUUGGGAUUGGAUUCUCGGAGACGGAUGCAUCUGUGCUGAUAUCAAUCAUUGGCAUUGUCAACAUGUUUGGGGAGAUAUGCCUCGGCUGGAUUGGGGAUAGAAAGUGGGUGAAUCCAACGUUGGUCUAUGCACUCUGUAUGGCACUCUGUGGGGCUGUUGUUGGACUUGUGCCACUUCUCCAAAGCUAUCAGGCACUUUCGGCCAUUUCUGGGGCCUUUGGACUCUUUAUAGCGGCUAAUUAUUCACUUACCAGUAUUAUUCUGGUCGAAUUGAUCACCUUGGAGAGAUUUACGAAUGCUUAUGGACUGUUGCUGCUGGUGCAAGGGAUUGCUAAUCUCGUUGGUCCACCCCUUGCAGGGUGGAUCUUUGAUUUGACUGGAACAUACAAGUGGUCUUUCUACUUUGCUGGAUUCUUCAUAGCAGUCUCUGGUGGGAUGCUCGUGAUCCUUCCGGCAUUGGGAAAGUACCGACGAUACAGGGCUCUGAAGAGACAAAAUUCGGAAAGUAAGAAUGAAGCACCAUCCAAUUCAACGGAUUGUCCUUCGGAUAAAUCGAAUGGAACAACUAUUCUAAGUGACUGUUUUCGUAAAGACUUGGGCAAAGGUAAUGGGCAAAUAAAUCACGUUUAGGUUAGAUUUUUUGUGGGAUACACACACCAUCGCGUAGUGGGAGAGAAAAAAGUUGUUAUUACCAAUUUAAAAUUUAAAAAAAAAUUGAAAUGCGUACAAAAUUGCGCAAAUAUGAGGAAUAUUAGUAGUAUGUACCAUACUGAAUACACAGAAUCUUUCUUACAUAGUUUAAAAACAAACAAAGAGUGAAAAACAACAUGAAAUUCCCUUUUUAAAAGAUUUCUCCCUCUUGGAGAGAAUCGAAAACCAAUUGAUUUAUUGAAUUAAAAAAAAAAAACACCUCCAAUCAAUUUUAAUAUCCACUCUAAUGCGUUUCGAGUGAAUAAUAAAUAUAUAUACUUGAAGAUUUCUUGUUGAAAAAAAUUUCGAAGACGAACAUUAUAAAUUCUUCCAAAUGCUAAAUAAAAAAAAACAAAUUGAGACAUUUACAAUUUUGCAAAGAAAAAGAAGCGAAAAUUGCGUGCUACGUGCACAUGGCAGAUUAAUGUAGAUUAAUUAGAAACAAAAUUACAAAAUCGUUCGAAUUAUUCUAAUAUGAUCUACUAUAUACAACAACAUAGUAAAGUACUUCAAGAAAUAUAACCGCAGUUGUAAAGAAACAAAAUGUACCCACGUUAGAUAUCCCAAUCAUUUUCUUUUCGUUUUCAUUACCUAAAUUAAUUUUCUUCUAUAAAUGUGAGAAGUAAUUUUGUAAUUUAUGAGCUGUGAUCACCAUAUAGAGGAAAGGGAGACAAGCAAAGUAUAAGAGAGAGUGACGAAAAUGAUGAUUAAAAGUGAUUUCGUGGCGAAAAAUGUAUGAUUUUUUAUCUGCUAAAAAGUGAAGUCAGUGAGAAAAACUUUCAAUUGGAUAAAGAUGGGGGAAAAAAGUGAAAAUAUUUUUAUAGAAUGAAAAAAAAAUUCAAAAGAAUACAAUUUGAAAACAAAUUUCUAAGAAAAAGCAUAACUGCAAACUAUAUAGUAAUGUAAUUUCUAAAUAUUUGACCUGGAAGAAUUGGGUAGAAUAUUUAGUUUGAAAAUUGCAAGACUUAAAAAAAAAGUUAUUAAUUUUUUUAGUAGAUAUUGAUAUUGUAUAAAAAAAAUCUUUAUUGAAUUUUCAAAGGAAUUUGAGAAAAAAAUUUAGAACUUUGCAUAAAACCUUCAUGUAAUUAGAGGUAUUAGAGAAUCGAUUAUGUACUGCUCUCAGUUUUUACUUCAAAAAAUCUUUUAAUAAAAAUUAAGCUAAUGCUAAAGAAAUAAAAUAUUUUUGCUAAAUAAUCUUUUCCAAAAGUAAAGAAAGUUCUAUUCUAACUAAUUCUUCCAGCUCAUAAAUAGCACAAUUUCUUGCAAUAAUUAUAUCGGUGAGCAUAAAAAAGAGGAGAUUUUACAUUUAAAAAUAUAUACGUAUUUAUAAAAAAAAAAAAGUAAACGACAUGAUAUUUGGGUGUGUCUUGAAGAUGAAAUAAAAUGCGUGGAAAUGGAUGUGAAUUUUUGCAUAAGAUUUAAGUGAAAAAAAUAUGAAAUUAAAAGUGAAAUGAUUAAAAUCGAGAAGAAGUCUGACACAAAUGAAAAAAAUCAAGAUAUUGCCGAAGUUAAUUUUUGUGCUAAAUUAGACGUUACAAAAUAUAGAUUUUAGAUAGAAGCGUGAAAGAUUUUCUUUUUUAUUAUUUUAAAAUAAAACUAUUCUUUCUCCUCAAAUGGCGAUCCUUUUCGUUGUUGUAAAAGUAAAAAAAAAAGAUCCCGAGUGAUUGUAUUUGAAGAUUUAUUAUAACUACCUACAUGAUUAUAUACAAUUAUUCUGGAAGGAAGUUACGUAUAAUAGACUCCAUGGCAUUAACGGAUGACAAUUAAAAUCGUUCAUUGGAAGACUUUUAGUGUGGAUUUGCCAUGAUCGGGAUCCGCUACGAAUGCGGUUCAGAGUUGAUUUUAAUUGCUCUUCAUAUGUCCGUUGAUGCCAUACCACCAAUGUUAUAUAGAAGCAUAAUAUUAUGGUCAAAAGAAAAAUCGAAAAAAAAAAUAAUUUUCUGAAUAUUUUAUAUAAAAAUAUAUUUGGUGUUAUUUGAGGAUUUUUAAAGUAUAAAAUAUAAUCGCAAAAUGAUGGAUAUCUAAAGGACAGUGGAAGCGGUAUCGUGUAUGCAGUGCGUUUGAUAAGAUGAGUAUUUUCUUUCCAAUGAUGUAGUUUAAAAAUGAAGAAAAAGAGAGAGAAGAAAAUGAGAAAUAUAUAUAUUUUUUCUCUACUUUAUUUAUCCUUUUGAUGAAGUACUUGAUGAUGCAAAAAAAAUUCUACAAAUUCAUAGUUUAUAGAUUUAAAAAAAAUGACUUUAAUGAAAAACUGAUAUAAAGCAUAAUAUUAAAAAUAAAAAUUUCUAGCUAUCCCUUACACUUUGAGAUAGAAAGGAAUGGUGGGCAGUGCACCAUGUAUGAUUGAGAAGUAUCUCUCACAUGAAAUUAAUACUGUUUAAGUAGCGAAAUCUCUGAUUAAUAAACCAGAAAUGAAAAAUAUAAAAUAUUCAA